AUGAAGAUUGCUUGCGAUGUUUACAUAGAACCCAUCGCUCCCAAGAGCCCGGCGAGUCAGGACCACAAGCCGCUGGUCCUGACAGCCACCCACGUCUCGGUUGAUCGCAACGACUCGCGGGACAUCUGCGUCUUCAUCGAGACGGACGGGGGGGGAGGGAGGAGCCUCGCGUGUAAGGUGGAGGAUCUGAGCGACCUGGACUCCAAGAAGCUGCCGGAGGGAUGCCUGGGCCUGCGCUUCUCCUCCCCUCCCGUGCAGGUCAUGCUCUUCAACGCGCGCGCCAUCCUGCUGCAGGACUUGCUCAGGCUCCUGAAGAAGCUGACCGAGAAGCGCCGGGUGGGGUCCAGCCUCAGGUUUCGCUUCACCCCCCUCGAGGUCCUCCAAGCUGAUCGCGACAAGACCGGCAUAGCGGGGGAGCCGCGCGGUGCCGCGAGGCUGAUGCAGGGCAGAGACGCCUCGCAGAGCUCGCGGCCGGAGAUGACUCUGUCCUCGGAGCACAGCAUGCAUGAGCCACCGUACCUGGAGGACCUGAGCCGCUACGAGAAGACGGAGCCGUUCAAGGUUCACCUGGAGCAUGAGAUCGAAGGGCUGCGGCAGGCCAUGGAGGACGACCUGAGAGGUCGGUCGCAGCUGCAGGAGAAGAUUUCGCGUCUGGAGCGAGAGAACCUGUACUUGACUAACCAGCUCAAGAUGGAGCAGAGCUUGCAGUCAGAGCUGAAGCAAACAGCGUCAGGUGCGCAGGCGAAGGUGAAGGAGGUGGAGCAGAAGCUGAAGGAGAAGAUGAGCGAACUGCAGCUGAGGACGGAGGAGCUCAUGGAGGCGCGCAGCGGGCACGAGCAGAUGAUCGACACGGAGAUGAAGCGACUUGCUCUCGUGGACUCGCGGCUGAACCAGUCGGGCCGGCGGCUGAAGGCGCUGAAGAAGCAGCUGGGGAUGCUGCUGCUGCUGCGACGACAAGAGCGGAUGGCGGAGCGAGCGAUCAGGUCGCUCAAGGUCCGCGCGCUGCUCAAGAGGGGGAGGCGGAGGCUGCUGCGAGUGGUUCACGAGAGGUCUGUUCGGGUCCUGCUGGGGAAGCCGCUGGUGUGCUGGCAGAUGAGAGCUCAACGCAUGGCGACCCUCCGCGUCUUCCUCCCGGCAGCGGCGGAGCGACGGAGGCGGAAGCUGAUGACGUCAUGCCUGUCGGGGUGGAAGCGAGGCUGCUGGAGCCUUCGCGGGCUGAGGGUGGAGGAGGAGGUGAGGGCAGCAAGGAGCAUGUUCGAGCAGCAGGAGAAGGAGCUCAAGUCGCAGCUCAAGGACGCGAGGGAGAUGAUCGACGACCUGCGGGAGGAGCUGGCCCGGAAGGACUCGCUGACGUACAAGCAGGCGUGCGCGUCGGAGCAGGAGAUCCUCUCGCUGCAGGAGUCGCUGAGGAGGCAGCAGGACGAGUCGGCCAGGCUGCACACGGACAACGAGGAGAAGGCGAAGCAGCUGAGAAUAGCUGAGAACGCGGAGAAGACCGGGAGGGUGGUGCUGGAGGAGAAGGAAGAGGAGCUGGUGAAGCUGCGAGAGCGAGUGAGGGCUGCUGAGGAAGCCUAUGACAGAGUUCGUGCGAAGCUGCAGGAGGAGCUCAAUGACAAGAGGGACCUGGAAGACGUCUUGUCUCGCAGGGACCUCAUGGCCGGCGAUCGCCACCAGCACGUCCAGCACCUCGAGGGCACCGUCGCGGACCUGGAGCAGCAGUGCCAACGGCUGCUCCAGCAGGUGCAGGCAGAGGAGGCGGCGCGGUACAAGGCAGAGGAGAUGCGAAUGAGGAUGCAGGAAAGACUGGAGGCGUUUGAGCAGGGGGAGAGCUUCUCUCACGACAGCCUGCGCGUGCAGCAUGCCGACACUCAGAACGCGCUGGAACGAGAGCGAGCGAGGAGCGAAGAGCUGGAGGACGCUCUGAGCAAGCUGGUGGAGGCGUUCAAGGAAGGGAAGCGGCAGGAGAGGAUGAAGUUGAUCCAGGCAGGGCAGUACGUCCGGCUCCUCUCCUCCUUCUUCUCCUGGCGAAGAUGCGCAGACCAGCAGACGAUCAUCAGUCUCUCGGCCCCCAGCGGCUUCGGGGAGGCGCGUCAAACCCCCGACCUGUCGCAGGAGCUGCUGGACCUCAAGCACAGGAACGCGUCUCUGCAAGCUAUGCUUGCCGAGGCUAAGGCGGGAGGGGAGGAGGAGAGGAGGAGGAGGGAGGAGCUGGAGCGGCAGGUUAUGUCGCUCAAAGAGACAUACCUGCAGGGCGUGAAGGCGAGCGUGCAAUCUAUCCGCUUGUGUCGCGAUCGCUACCUGCCUGCCAACGGCCAGUCGAAGCAGUGA